AAAAGGUUUCCUUUCCUUCCGUUAUUUUCGUAUCAAGAGCUUACGACCUUUAAAAUGCCUUUUAGUUCAAGACGUUUAGGUGAUUUAUUUCCCAGGGAAGAUGAAGUUGGAUUGUAUUACACCAGGGAUAAAUACGGCCAACUUCAAGUUCCUCCUGGCUACGAAUUGUCGACGAAAGAAAACGUGAAAAAACAUCUCAUUGACAGCGAACCUAAAGCUGCAAGUUGCUCCCUAAAGGUCCAAAAUGGGAAUUCUUCUCCCACYUCGCUGUUUUCCAUCUGCCUUGACUUCGUAGCUAAGAAUAUAACAAUUGURGAAUCUCUUUGUGGCUUCCCUGAAAUUGUUGGCAAAGAACUCUUCAACAGAGUUCAGAUAAACGGUGGUUUCCCAAAAGGAUGUCAGCAAAAUUUACAGCUUUUCUGUGAUGCUUAUGGAAGUGUUGUACUAUCCAAACUGAGCUUAAAGUAUCGAUAUCUCGAAGUGAAUGAAGUCGAUUAUUUACGGUGCUUUCCUUGUUUAACUGAACUGGACCUGAGCCACUGCUUACUCGGUAGUGAUCAYGAGUUAUUAGCACACGUUGCCAAGGUAACAAGCCUUCUAAAACUUAGCUUGAAAGACAAUGGUCUGAAUGAUAGUGACCUGAAGUGUCUUACUCUACCUCUACGCGUGAUGGGAGCUGGUCCACUUACUUUGUCCACCCUGGAUCUCUCAUGCAAUCCUGAUAUCAGCAACCUGUCAGUCAGAUAUCUGACCACCUUUUCAAAACUCACUUCUCUAAAUUUAUCUGGGACAAGUGUUACCAUGGCAGGAGUGUCAAGACUGACGGCAGCAACCAAUUUGAAAUUUUCACCAACAUCCACAGAGUUUUUUUCUGAAAAUGCAAUCAAGACAGAAGGAUGGGCAUCUCCUGUAAUAGAUGACUGGCUUUCGAACUCAAAGAGAGUAUUACAAAGUAAAAGCCAUGACACAGCCAAUGAAAAAGCAAAAUCAUUCUACCCAAAGAAGACAAAGUGUAACAUUCUGAAAAGUAAGAGGAUCAUCAAAACGAGAGAUGUGGCAGAAACACAAAUUAUUCUCACUGCUGACAAAAGGACAAUUAAUGAAAAUUUGGAUAAGAGUUCAGUAGAAAAUGAAAAGAAAAACACAAAAUUAUUCAAAAAAUCACUUAUGGCAAACCUGGCUUCAAGUGCAAUAAAAAGAAAGUCUGCUUCCAGCAAUCAAGACAGCGAGGGAUCUGAUGAUGACUUGAUGAAAUCAUACUUGACAAGUAACGUUAAAGUUGACAAGAAAAGAAAAAUAUGUCUUGCAGAUUUAACAUUUUGAAUUGAUCAACUCAUCAGGUUUCAGCAUUGAUAUCCAUCAUGACAUGCUCUCAGAGCUGUUCUUCCUCAUACUCAUGGACAUACAUGUUUCAAAGAUGUACUAGUGAGCAUUUAACAUACUGGUAGUAAUAUAGGGGGUUUACAGAGUCAUGUUGUAGCCCAAAACCAUUGAACUCUUUAGAAAAUACUUCCAUUGAGAACAUUUUCCUUGUACCUCUUGAUAAAAUAAUGGCUGUUUAUUGGACAAAACCUAUACCUGUCACGUUUUAGGACCCAACUUUUGCUGUUUUGUUGCCCGUAUUGCGAUACACCGAUACACAACAUGCCAUAGGACUACAUAUCUAAGCAAUCCAAAAUCCAAUGUAGUCCACUGAUCUCUCAAAGGAUCAGCUAAUAUACACCACACGGCCACACAUACAGCAAUACAGGCGAUAAACUAUAGCUAUACAACGAUACAACAAUAAACAACGACAAAUCAAUACAACGAUACAAUACAGACGAUACGAUACAAAGAUACAGGUGAUAAACAACGACAAAGCACUACAGCAAUACAACGAUACAGGCGAUAAACAACAACACAGCACUACUGCGAUACAACGAUACAGAUGAUACAACAAUACAGGUGAUAAACAACCACACAGCACUAGGGUGAUAUGAUACAGUUCAGUCUGGUCAUAAUGUCUGGCUAUUGAGCAUCCAUUGUUUUUCGCCCUGACUGCUGUGAAAUACCUAUUUCUAGCAUUGGUGCUGUACUUUAGAGUUUAGUUUUUGACCUCAUACUUGGAGGUAAUGAAAAAAUCUAAUUCUACUUGAAGAAAGUAAGGAAAGGAAAUAAUGAAGAUGUCGUAAAGAGAAAGUUUCUGAAAAUCAAAGCUAAAGCAAAUGGAAGGGGAAUGUCUGAAAGAUUACAUGGAUGACUUCCAAUUGAUAUCUAAAGCUUUUAAUAGUAUUAUUAAAGUAUAUAAUAUUACAUUUUUUUUGAUACACAAUAUCUCACUAUAUGCAAGCAUCCCCAGCCCUUCCCAUUAUGCUUUGCAGGCACCAUGGCAGCCUCAUUUCAAAUGUGAAGAACAAUCAAAAAUAUAUUUUAAAAAACU